GUCAAACUUGACAAAUGGUGACAGACAAUUAAAAAUGGCUAGUAUCGGGUUUAGGUGGCUGGAUAUUUUGGAAAAAGAGUUUGAUAAAGCGUUUGUAGACCUAGAUUUAGCAGUUGGUGAGCUUGAUUCUGAAGAACCGGACGUAGUUUUCAGUGUUCGGCAAAAGCUUUGCACCCUGAGUUCAUGUUUCGCCCAACUCACCCAUAAAGCUCAAACUAUUUUCCAAAAUAGUGCCAAAAUUGAGGCAGAGUUAAUACACAUGCGCGCCGAGCUGAUAGAAUCGAAAUCGAAGAAGGACGUCCUCGAAAGCGAACUUCACAAUUUGCUUCUUCAGCUGCAUUCCUCCCAGCUAUCCAAACUGCCCGACAGCCUCGGAAGCAAGAGACAGGAUCAACACCUCAAACCCGAUGUGAGUGCCAUUAAGAAAAAACUAGAAGCCGAAAUUAGGCAAAGCCCCAUUAGGAUAGUUAAAAAAGAAUCCGAAGAGCUUAAAUUCAGCCCCGCAGCUAUAGAGCCCGCCCAGUACAAAGCUGAGACAUCGCAGUUACGCUCAGAAAAUGCCUCGUUGAGGAACGAAGUUCUCGCCCUCACCAGUGAAGUGUACGGGGCGAAGUUAGCCGCCAAGUAUUUGGACAAAGAGCUAGCGGGAAGGAUACAGCAGCUACAACUUCUAGGUAGGGAAAUGCGAGGCGACAUCCGUGACAAGCUCUGGAGGCAACUGGAGUCUGAGAUAUUACUCCAGAGGCACAAAACAGUAGUAAGGGCCUGCAGGAGGAACAGCUCGUUGAACAGUUCCGAGAAAUGUCCGAAACCCGAACCCGAGACUGUCACCGAUGGGACUGAGCACUUCGGCGACAUUAGGACUGUGAUAGUAAAGAGGAAACCUGACCAAGGUUUGGGAAUCAGUAUUACGGGCGGCAGAGAACACGGCGUGCCGAUCUUAAUAUCGGAACUGGAGCCCAACGGUCCAGCUGCUUUGUCGGAACAGCUGUACAUAGGAGAUGCCAUAUUGUUCGUCAACGAGAUCGAUCUCAGAAACGCCUGCCACAGAGAAGCUGUGGGCAUCCUGCAGCAGCAGACCGGCGACUGUACGUUGCAGGUGCAGUACAUUGCUGCCGAUGACAGCGACAACUCCCUAGAGGAAGACGGCUUCCAUUUUAGAUUUUUCGAUGAGGACGUGUGCGACACAAACAACUUAAAUAACCCCAGGGGCACAGAGGAGAUGAUAAACACCCCCACGGCCCCCAGAACACCAGAUUCCACGCCUGCGAGCAGAUUGUCCAGGAGCACGUCGAACAGCCCCGAGAAGAAAAAGUCACCGACGUUUCUAGGCAAAGAGGAAACCCAUAUAAUCAAUAGCGACAAUUAUAACUACAACUUAAACACCAACAACGGGAACGAAGAAGAGUACAAACACACAACCGACGAAAAACUGAGCAACAUUAUAAACCGCAACUCGAAUAACAACAAAUCCCCCGACACAACCACUAAAAUAAUAACAAAUGACAUCUACAACAUAGAUACAACCGACUUGGUUCUCAUCGACAACUCCACCAACAACAUCAUAAAGUUAGAGAACUUCAAGAAAGUGGAUAUCUUUUCCAACAUAAACGAUAACUUCAACACGUCGACAAACUCGCUGAAUUCCGAGAACCUAUCGUCCCCGAUGCAAACGAGCACGGACGUUUACUUGGAUUCGGAGAUACUAUCCACCGACUUAGCCUCGAACGACUCACAAAGCCCCAAAAACCUCCAGACGGAUACCAACCCGCAGAAAACGAACUUCGACUACGAAACCAACAUACUGGAAAUAGAAAAAGUGGACGAGUUGUUCGACGAGCCCAAGCUGUACGCGUCGAAUGACUCCCUGUCCAACCCAAAAAGCGACCAGAGCCUCUUGAACUCGGUGGAGAGCUGCGGCAGUUCUCCCUUGCACAAACCCAACCGGGAGUACAAAAAGCAACGGAAGCACAAGAAGAAGUACUUCGGAGUCAAAACGUUACAAAGCAUCUUCAACAAGCACGACGGCUAUUCCGAUAUUUCCACCACGGCCUCGGAACUGGGAGACGAGCCCCCUCUCCUAGUCGAUACCCAUGACGUUAAGCCUAGAGACGUUGAAAACAAAACGGAACCUACAGACAAAGCCACGCUUGUCAAGUGCAAUUCGGUCUACGCGCCGGAAACCAGCACCCAGUUCGAAGAAAAUAUACACAACCUCCUCUCCGACAUAUUUAUAAAGAAUUUCACGAACGUCGCAGACCAGCCGGCUUCCAACGUUUCCAUAAGUAAGCCGACCGGUACAAAAAAGUACUUCUCGCUCCACGGGCAGAACCUCAGAGUCGGCAAGGCCUUGAGACUGUGCCCGAACGAAGACUACACCGAAGUGCUGGAGAACGAACAGAGGAAGGAGAAGCUCCUCGCGAGAUAUGUUUAUAACGCUAAUUCGCUUAACGCAGACGGGGUGGGUGACCCCGACUUUGGUACGCCUGUUUAAAUUGUAGAUAGGAUAAAAUAGGAAAGAGAUUAUAGUUAUUUAAAUAUGAAACAGUGAUGGUAGUCAUAAAGUUUAUAAAGUAAAAGUUUCUUAAUAGUCUAAAUGCUACGCUAAUGCGUUCUCGUCGGGGGGUUGACAUGGGCGAAAAUUUAGCUA